UGGGAAGGAGGAGGUCUACAGGGGCUUUGCCCCGCCCCGGCUGGAGCUCGGCGCCCGCAUAAAAACCCUCCGCAGGCGCCUCCACGUUGCAUCUCAGGAGCAGCUUCGGAGGGAGUCGGGGGCUCGCAGCGCGGUUAGACAUGGGAACUGCACUUGCUACGCGGCUCGGCUUGGGGCUUUUGCUCCUGGCGCUGCUUUUACCUACUCAGACGAGUGGUGGUAAUGGAACAACUCCAUCUGCUGCAAACAAUAAUUCAAGUCCAACGUCCGCACCACUUAGCACACUGAACAAUACCACCACCAAAGGACAUGGAAGCUCUCUUCAAUCAACUACUGGCCUCUUCAUUCUCACAAUCUCUCUUCUAUACAUUUGUUAAGAAACCCUGGCUGGGAAACUUCCACCAUUCCCUGCCCAGUGCCCUGAACCAUCUGAGAUGGCUAGACCUUCCUAUCCCAGCAUGAAAAAGAACCACAGAAUACCUGCAUCAAGUCAGUGCAGUUUACGCUACAGUUCAGUUACUGGUACCAAUUGGACUGAGAGUCUUAUAAGAGCACCUGAUGUUCCAAAGCCAUUUCCCCUGAAAAUCAACCCUAUGACCAUUCAAGAUUAAAAAGGCCGUGGGGUGGGCUCCAGUCUUCAACAGCUGGAAUUGGAAAUACAAGACAAAGAAGUACAAUUUGACUAGCCGUGGAUAAUGACCACCAUGAAACACAUAGGAGAGAGAUCGUGAAGAUAUGCAAAAUAAGGACUCUUUAAUUUGAAUGAAAAUGAAGUUUUGAAAACCACUAGAAAAUACAAAUGGCGCUGGUUCAGUUCACUCAGUUUCGUAUAUAAGGUUGUAUCCAGCAGACAGAGUUCCAUCCAAAAUUUUGCUUUGGAAUUUCCAGCUUCAGUGGGGCAGAUCUUAUUUUAAGGCUCUGUUAAUGUGUGGCUGUUCUAACUAAGCCUGUGUAGUUUUAAAAUAUAUUGGAAAAUUACUUUCACUGUGGUAUUUCAGUUUUUUUUCCAUUUUACUAAAGCUAUAAGUGAACCAUAUGUGCCAGCAAAACAAGUUAUUUGGCAAAGCAGUGGCAAAAACCACUUGAAUAAAACUGAUCAAGGGAUCAAAUCCACUGCUAAACUUGAAAUGCUAUUAAUUUUACAUUAUCAUAGUAUUCACCUUCUAAAAUAAAGCCUCUAGAGUCAUUUCCAGAUGUCCGUUUUGAUUUGGUGCAGUUUGUAUCUUAAUCUAUUUUAUGCUUGAAAUGUAAUGUUGGGGCAGAAGAAUGGAGAGUAGCUUUUUCAAACAAAAGUGGGAAGGGAUGAAGUCUUCAAUCAUGGGAAGGGAUGAAGUCUUCAAUCAUCAAGAAUUUAAGAACAUGUCUCAAUGAUCGAAACCAAAUAACACUUGCACAGACACAUUCUAGGUAAUUAAAUGUACUAGAUAACAAAUAAUUUGAACUAAAGCUGGCACUAAGAUGCAGCUUGAACGAAGUGCUUGGAUUUUCAGAAAUAUGGAGAGGCUUGUUGACAGUACUAUGUCCAUGUAGAGUCUUGUCCUGUUCCUAUGGAAUCAUAGCUUUUAAAGAGAACCCAUCCUUUGACUUGGACAGUUUACCCCAAAUCUAACAUUUUGCAUUGUUGAGUAACUGUGUGGUAAACUCCAUAAAAUACUAUGGUAGGGUAUAUGUGCAUUUCUUCCUUUUUGUAUCAAGUACACUGUUUUGAUUUUGUGACUAUGUGAUUAUGCUUUAAAUUUAAUUGGGCAAAUUGUAAAUAAAAAAAAACCCUGAUCUAA